AUGCCCGCCAAGUGCACGAUUCAACAUGAAGUGCAGCCAAAUUGGGAACUUAACGUAUUACCGGAAACAUUGGUUGCCGAAUAUUUUCGAUUAAAAGAUAUGAUCACAAAAUUGUCAAAAUUCACAAGAAACACUUUCAUGUUCACGACACAUACAGUGUCAAAAUCGAAACCAAUCAAGAUCCUGCUGGUAUUUUACUUAUCACCAUCGGUAUCGUCUUUUUCACCUUUAGUUGUUUAA